AGCACAAACACUGAACUGAGCAAGCUCCUUAGCUCUCAACAUGCUUGACCUGGACUCCUGGCCUCACACUCCUCACGGUGUCCUGCUGCUGGCCCUACUGCUGGGACUCUCAGGAGCAGCUUCACGGGAGCUGAAGGUGAUUCAGCUUGAGAAAUCAAUUUUUGUCCCUGCUGGAGAGUCAGCCAUUCUGAACUGCACUGUGACCUCCAAGCUACCUGUGGGGCCCAUUAUGUGGUUCAGGGGCACAGGGCAGAGUCGACAACUAAUAUAUAAUUAUACAGGAAAGAGGUUUCCCAGAGUCACAAAUGUUACAGAUGCUACAAAGAGAAACAACUUGGACUUUUCCAUCCGCAUCAGUAAUGUCACAACUGCUGACGUUGGUACCUACUAUUGUGUGAAGUUUCAGAAAGCAGACUCUGACAAGGAGUUUCUGUCUGGGGGAGGCACAGUGCUGUAUGUCCUUGCUAAACCGUCUCCUCCCCUGGUCUUGGGUCCUGCAGCCAGAGUUGCUCCUGGGCAGACAGUGAACUACACAUGCAAGUCCCAUGGCUUCUCCCCUCGGAACAUCACAUUGAAGUGGUUCAAAGACAGAAAUGAGCUCCCUCACUUCCAAACUACUGUGAACCCCAAAGGAGAAAGCACCUCUUACAGUAUCUCCAGCACAGCACAGGUGGUGCUGAGUGCUGGGGAUGUCCACUCUCAGAUCACCUGUGAGGUGGCCCAUGACACCUUGCGAGAAGGCCCGCUUCGUGGAACUGCCAAAUUAUCUGACAUCAUUCGAGUUUCACCCACCCUGGAGAUCAGUGAGCAGCCAUCAAUGGUAUGGAAUCUGAUAGGUGUCACCUGCCAGGUGAAUAAGUUCUAUCCUUCUAAGCUUCGGUUGACCUGGAUAGAGAAUGGAAAUAUAUCCCAGAUAGAAGACCCUUCUACAUUCACUGUAAACAAGGAUGGAACCUACAGCUGGAACAGCUGGCACAUAGUGAAUGUAUCAGCCCAUGAGGAGGACAUAAUACUCACCUGCCAAGUUGAGCAUGAUCAACAGCCACUGGAAAUAAAAACUCACACUGUGAUGGUUAGUGCACGUCAGAGGGAACAAGAACUGAAGACAUCAGAUACUGCUGAAAUCCUUGUAGCUGUGCUCCUUGGACCCAAGCUGCUACUGGUGAUUGGUACCUCUGCCAUCUACAUGCACAAGAAGCAGAAGGCCUAAGUAUCUUCUCUUCAUCUUCUGCCACAUUGGACCCUGAAUAUCUGACAUCACCUUUCUUGAAAAGACUGAGACUAUGGUGAAAAGCUGUGGAAAUAUGCACAAACGUUUUCAUUACAAGGACACCUCCAACUCAGAAUUCCCUAUUGUUCCUCUGCAUAAGCAUUGAUAGUUCAGAGCUGUAAAGCUUUGAUUAUUGGAUUCUAUUUGGGGGGUUCUUAAUCUCAUUAAUAAGAGAAAUUUAAAAUGUACUCAAGUGAAAGUCCAAAGAUAAUCUGUUUAAGUUAUGAGGGAAUAUUCUAAGUUCAGGCAAGUAUACAACUCAGCAAUCUCACAGAGGAGGACCGUGGAAGAGUAAAGGGAGAAAUAUACUCAAACUGUUUAAAAAUCCAUGGAGGUCAGUCAUAUGAUGAACAAACUGCCACACGGUAUAAAGGGGGCACUUCUAGAAAAGGCAAAGGAGCCUAAAAUACCAGAAAAGUUAUACUUAGAUUCAGUGAGCAUCCAAAAUCCAAAUGAAAGAGACAAAAGAAAAAAGGAAAAGUUUUUCCUGUCUAAUCUGGCCACCGUGAGAUACACAGACCCAACUGGACCUCAGCAUAGCAUGUAGGGACUGCACUGGGUAGGGAGAAUUCUGGCAAUGAAAUGGGUAGUAAUAAUAAUAAGGAAAAGUUUUGACACAGAAUCUUACUAAAUAGCCUUAACAGUCCCAUAUAUUGCUAUGUAUACAAGGCUCAUUAAGAUCUUCUUGUCUCUGCUUCCAGAGUUCAGGGAUUGAAUGUGUGCUGCACCAUCAUGCCUCUCAAGGAAAAAUUAUUCUCCUUAUCCCUUUGUUUUGGUUUUAGAGGGUUCUAUGCCUAGGUGAUGGACCCUGCCCACCUGGAACACUGGGUCUCCACCCAGGCCACAGUUUCUGUUCUCUUAACCAUGAAUUUUCUUUAGUAAGCCUUUAUAUCUACACUAACAUCUUCCUGAAAUGGUAACCCUAAAAUUACUUUGGGAUGAGAUAAGCAUCAGAGCCUCUAAACACUUUCGUUAUCUCUGACCUUUGAAAAGAACAAGACUUCCAAGAGAUCCAAGGCCAUUUUGGGGCUUCUAGACAAAGAAGAAACUAGUUAUUUCUUAGAGGUCUUUUUGCCCUAAACAUCCGGUUCAGUUGCAACCUUUUUUUCUUUUUUAGCAUAAUUCAUGAUUGAUUAUAUGGGAAUUUUACAUCAUGCACCUUAAUCCUGCUCAUUUUUCAGUCUCUCCAUAUCUUCCCACCACCCUUGCAGAACUCUCCCUCCCUGAGAAGAAAACCCUUCAAAAAAGUAAUUAACUACACACCACCCAGAUCAAUGUAACCACAACAGUAUGUUUGCUCAACAUGGUCUCAUCCUCAUAGCCCUAGGUGGUAACAGGAGCCACACACAUCAAUUCAG